AUGCAACGAGUACCACAAUAUGUUCAAAGACCUGUAGUUUAAGACUCCUUUCGUUAGUCUUUCAAAUAGACACCUGAUAAGGAGAACUCAUAUGCAUAAUUGCAAAAACGAAAACCAAUAUAAGCUUACCCUCAAUAUCAAUCCACUUAGACCCUCCAAAAACCAGAAAUGCGUCCCAAUUCCUCCCAACCCAGACAACCAUCAGUAUAGGCAGUGCCAAGACCAUCCUCAGCUUCCAAUGAUAAAAGGGCAUUUUCUAACCAGAAACAACCAUCCAGAUGCUCAUUCAAGGAAUUAAAGAACUCAACCUACAUUCAACCAUAAUAAGCCACUCCUUAAUCAAGAUAUUAUUCAUUAAAAUAGGUUCCAGAUAAUUGUCUAGUGAAAUCUUAAUCUAAUUAACAGUUGGCAAACAAAUAAAUUGAUUAAUCAGAAUAUAAAAAAUUACACGAGAAAUUGUUGUUUUUGGAAAACAAGAUCAAUAAAAUUAAAUCCAAUAUAGAAAUAAGCAAUUCCUAAUUACAGAAAUAAUCAGAAAGAGGAAAGCAAAAGCCAGUAGGUUUGGCUGCUAAGUUCUUUUAAAAAAAAGACUAAGAAAAUAAUGAACCCAAAGAAGCAAGCACUCCAAAAGAAUUUAACCAAAUGUGCAACUGCUCUGAAUCUAUAACUCAACAAGGCUUUAAAGCAAAGUCAAAUUGUCUCAAUCUUGAUCAAUUCGUUACAUAAGUAAAGCAAAUAAAAAAACCAACUCAACCACAAUAACCACAAUAAUAAUCCUAAAUUAGCAGACACUAGUCUCUAGAAAUUAGUUAAACAGCCGUUCCAAUUAUCAAAACAGUCAUUAAUGAGAAGUCAUAUUCAUCAUAGAAGCCAAAAAAGGAUGAGAAUUUCCUAUAUUAUAUUUCCAGUGUAAUGAGAGCCUUAGUCUAAGAAUAAAGUAACAAAAACGAUGAAGUAGUCAGAGAUCACAUUGUGCAAACUAUCUAGGGUUUAGAGUAUGCUAGAAAUUUACAAUUGCAAUUUCAAGAAGACAAAAUUGUGAAUCUACCAAAAUCUAAUCAUUUCAAAACAUUGGUUUUUGAUUUGGAUGAAACUCUUAUUCAUUGCAAUGAAAGUAUUGCUGUCCCUGGAGAUAUUGUGUUACCCAUCUCUUUCCCCACUGGAGAGACUAUCUAAGCAUCUAUCAAUAUCAGGCCAUUUGCUUAGCAAAUUCUUUAAACUUUAUCUCGACAUUUUGAAAUCAUCGUAUUUACAGCUUCUCAUUCAUGCUAUGCUAAUAUAGUUUUAGAUUACUUGGACCCAAAAAAACAAUGGAUCAGCCAUCGUCUGUUUAGGGAUCAUUGUUUACAAACUGAGGAAGGAGCAUAUGUUAAGGAUUUAAGGGUCUUAGGCAACAGAAAAUUAUCUAAUAUUCUUUUGAUUGAUAAUGCUAGUUACUCAUUUGGGUAAUAAAUCGAUAAUGGAGUACCAAUUAUUGCAUUCUAUGAUAAUAAAUAAGAUUAAGAAUUAUUAUAUUUACAAAAUUAUUUAAUGAAAUUUAGGAUGGUCACUGAUGUUAGAGAGCUAAAUUCAUAAUUAUUGAAGAUGAAUUCCUACACAAACUAUUAAGAUCCUUUGCAUUUAGUUUAAGACUUAUUCCCUGAUUAUUUACCAAAAUGA